CCUCACUCCCCGCUCACCAUGCCUUCGAAGAAGCAGAAGAAGGGAAAAGGCCGCCUUGACAAAUACUACCACUUGGCCAAGGAACAAGGAUACCGCUCGCGUGCGGCAUACAAGCUGAUCCAGCUGAACAAGAAGUAUGAGUUCCUCUCGUCAGCGCGGGUGUGCAUUGAUCUGUGUGCUGCGCCCGGCGGAUGGCUCCAGGUGGCGACCAAGUACAUGCCGAUGAGCUCGCUGGUGAUGGGCAUUGAUCUCGACCCGAUCCAGCCGAUCAAGGGCGUGACGACACUUGUUGCGGACAUCACCACGCCGCGGUGCCGCAAGGAGAUUGCAGGUUUCCUCAAGGGCUGGAAGGCCGACGUGUUCCUGCAUGAUGGUGCGCCGAACAUGGGUAAGGACUGGACGCACGACGCGUACUCGCAGGCGUGCCUAGUCCUCGAGUCGUGCAAGCUGGCGUCCGAGUUUCUCACCCGCGGCGGCACGUUUGUGACCAAGGUCUUCCGCUCCAAGGACUACAAUGCCCUCAUCUGGGUCUUCCAGCAGCUGUUCAACAAGGUCGACGCGACCAAGCCGCCGUCGUCACGUGGCGUCUCUGCCGAGAUCUUCGUCGUCUGCCAGGACUUCAAGGCGCCUGACUCGAUCGAUCCGCGGAUGUUUGAGGCCUCGUCGAUCUUUGCCGACGUUGCGCCCAACGCCACCGUCCCGGACAUUUUCAACAACAAGCAGAAGCGCCACCGGACUGGCUAUGCCGACGAUGUCGGGUCGCUUCUGUACAAGGAAGUGCCGCUGGCGUUCUUUGUCGACUCGCUCAACCCGAUGACUGUCCUCGCCGAGAACAACAAGCUGACGACGACCGACGCCGAGUCCAAGGUUUACAUCAACCACCCGAAGACGACCGACGAGAUCCUCGCGUGCGUCGCCGACCUCCGCGUUCUCUCCAAGAGCGACUUUAAGCGCGUUCUCCGCUGGCGCAAGUCGAUGCGCGCCUUUAUGGGCCUUGACGCCAAGCCCGAGACCGAAGAGGUCGAGGUGACGACGACCGAUCUGAGCCUUGCCGAGCUGGCCAACGCCGACGAGGACGUACUCGCCGUCGAGAUGGAGCGGUUCAAGGAGCGCAUGCGCGCCAUCGAGAAGCGCAAGAAGCGCAAGACGCGGUCCCGUCUCGCCAAGUAUCGCCAGCACUUGACGCUCGCCAUGCCGGCCGGCGAUGUGAUUGAGACACCGGCUGAGGCCUCGCUCUUCUCGCUCGAAACGAUGCCAACGCAGACGGACGUCAACGCCAUCAUCGGCGACAGUGACGCCGCGCUCGCUGCCGUCGACGACGAGGAGGUUGCCGACGUUUACCUGCCUAAGGGCGUCCGCAACGACACCGAGGCGCCACCCGGCGCUACCGAGCCGCUCGAGGGCCUCGACUACGACACUCAGGUCGAGGCCGACCUCGAGGCGUAUCACGCCGACAAGGUCGAGCGCGAGCAGCGCGCCACGCCUCGCGUCCGCGUCGGUAAGAAGAUCAAGCGUGUCCGCCAGCUCGGCAUCUCCACCGAGCUGUACAUGGACCUUAAGGCCCGUGAGAUGGGCCUGACCGAGGAGGCCGAGGCCAUCGCGGCCCUCCGCCCCAACGUCGACCGCAACAUCCUCUCCUCCUCGGACGACGACGACUCGUCCAACGACGAUGCCGAUGACGACGCCGACGAAUCGUCUGACGACGACUCGUCCGAGUCGUCCGACGCCAAGUUCUUUGCCGAGUUGCAAAAGCGCCGCGCCGCUGCCGCUGCUGUCGCCGCCGAUGCCAACACGCUCAUUACCGGCCGCUCCGGCCUUGCCAACCCUAACGAUGUCUUUUCUUCCGAUUUGUUCCAGGGCCUCGAGGUUGACGAUGACGCCGACAAGGUUGUUGCCGAGAUGCGCGGCGUGCCGCCCGCGGCUGCGCCGCUCGGACGCUCGGGCGAGCGUGCGCCGGUGGCUACGGCUGCUUCUGCUGCUGCCGAGCCGUCGCGCAAGCGCAAGCGCGAGCCCGAGCGCCACGACCCGCGCCGCAUCGUGCUCGGUUCGUCUGGCGAUGACUCGUCGUCUGAUGAGCCCGAGUCCGAGUCCGACGGGGUGACAGAGUUUGAGGUCGUCCCGCAGGACCCGAUGUCGUUCUCAGACUCGGACGACAAGGCCGAGUACCUUGCGCUGGCCAAGGAGAUGGCCGCCCGCAAGCGUCGCGAGUCGCUCAUCGACAAGUCGUACAACCGGCGGGCCCACAACGAGGACAACCUGCCGUCCUGGUACGAGGACUACCUCGCCGAAAACAACCAGCCCUCGCUGCCCAUCACCAAGGAGAUGGUGGCCGAGCUCAAGCACCUGCACAAGGCCGUCAACGCCCGGCCCAUCAAGCGCGUCGCCGAGGCCAAGGCCCGCAAGAAGAUGCGCGCCGUCAUCAAGCUCGAGAAGAUGAAGCGCCAGGUCACCGCCAUCGCCAACGACACCGACCUCUCCGCCACCUCGCGCGCGCGCAUGAUCGAGCGCCUCUACCGUGCCGGAAACAAGGCUGUCGACAAGCCCAAGCGCCGCCUCGUCAUCGGCAAGCGCGCCGAGGCCCGUGGCGGCAAGUCGGUCACUCGCUCCUACCGCAUGGUCGACCGUCGGCUCAAGGCCGACCUGGGUCGCCGCACCUCCAAGAAGGUCCGCACCAAACGUGCUCGCCACCGCCGCCGGUAAACGUAGCAAUGGACCGGCCGACCGGAC